GCACUUCCAGGACCUGCAUCAUCUCACCAAGAUGAACUCGCUGGUUUCGUGGCAGCUCUUGCUCUUCCUCUGUGCCACCUCCUUCAGGGAGACAUUAGAAGAGGCGGCGCCCGUGGAGCAGCCUAGAUCCACAGGCCGGUGGCUCGGACCCCUGGCGCUCCUGGCCCCCUGGGCGCAGAGCCCGCGCUGCGCGGAGGGGAUGCCCGACCCCGUCGGGCGGCGCCCUCGGGCGGCCUCGCUGUGCCCGUCUCCGGGGAGCUCGACGGGACCCCAGCGGCCGGGCCCGUGCGCCCCCCGCAGCCUCCGGAUCCCCGCGCCCCGGGGCGCCGCGCUCGUGCGGCGGGCGAAGUUGCUGCCCGCCUACCGCUGGAACUCCUUCGGGCUGCGCUACGGCCGGCGGCGGGCGGCCCCAACGGCACCGACGAGGGUCCGUGCGCGCGGGGCCGGGGCUGGGGGCAGGACAGAGGGAGGGGGACUGGAGUUUCUGUCCUGAAGCGAUAAAGGAAAUGCUGCCGACUCAC